AUGUUGCUGUAUCUAAAUGUACGAUAUAUGGUUUUGAGGUUCAUAGGGGUUAAACUCAAAGGGAAAUCAGAUCCUGUGAGAAUCCACUGGCGUGCAAGAGGAGCACGACUUAAGAUCGCUCCCACACAAAGGAAUACCGAAGGUCAACUUGUUGGACACGCAACAGUCGCAGUAACGAUCGCAUUUCAUUUGCAGGCUUCUCAGAUCCUGGAUCGGUCCUGGACGAGAGGCAGAAUUCCGGAACAAGACCAAUUGGGCGACAACAACGAGGAAGAAGCGCUAAAUGCUGGGAUCACGAUGCUCUGGGUACCCCAGAACAUCGCUACAGCAUUGAGACAUUGCGAUAAAUACUGGGCUGUUUCGCUCUGCCAAAUAACUGAAGUCUCUUCCUACCCCCAUGCGAGUCUUCCUACCCUGCUCCCUACCAGCAUGAACGACAGGGGAGAUCAUUAUCCCCUUCAGGUCAGCUCAUACGCAAAUCAACAAUUCUUCACCAAUGCCACGGGGACGACGCUAAUCGAUACAAUUAUCGAUGUUGUGGAUGCGACGCCCCCAGGAAGAGGUCGACCAGGAGGGAGAAUCAACGUCGGUUCCGGUUCAAGAAAUUUGACCUUCGAGAACAGUAUUUUCCAAACAUAUAGCGGCACUGGGAAAGAUAUCGACCUAAAUGCGUUCUUAAAUCAAACCCCCAUUCUCCCUCGCGCGAGACAACCCGUACACGGGGGUCCUGUCGUGACGUACGAGCACCGUGUCUGUAACUCCCUCAAAGACCGAGGAUUGCCUAGCCGAAGACGCAGCUAG